GGCGUGGCAGCCGCGGGCCUUGGAGCGGGCAGCGGGGGCAUUUAUAGGUCACGCGGGGCGGUGUCGCCCGGACUCGCAGCUGGAAGCCGGAUUCGUGGAGAGCCCGCCGGCCCGGGCCCGCGUCCCUCGCUACCGUUCGCCCUCGCAGAGCCCGCGUGGCCGCUGCGGGGCGGCCUGUGUCGCACGCGCAGCUCCCGACCUGGGCCUCAGAAGAUAAGAUAACAGUCCACUUUAUAAACCGAGAUGGUGAAAAAUUAACAGCCAAAGGAAAAAUUGGCGACUCUCUUCUAGAUGUUGUGGUUGAAAAUAAUCUAGAUAUUGAUGGUUUUGGUGCCUGUGAGGGAACCUUGGCUUGCUCUACCUGCCACCUCAUCUUCGAAGAUCACGUGUAUGAGAAGUUAGAUGUGAUCACCGAUGAGGAGAACGACAUGCUUGAUCUGGCUUAUGGACUGACAGACAGGUCCCGGUUGGGCUGCCAAAUCUGUUUGAGCAAGUGGAUGGACAACAUGACUGUGCGAGUACCUGAGGCGGUGGCUGAUGCCAGGCAGUCUGUUGACGUGGGCAAGAAUUCCUAAGUUGCAAUAAAAGAGAUAUUUUCACAAAAUUUUACCUAUUUUUAUAAUUAUUUUUAAUGUAAUUAAAUGAGCACAUGGGUGACUGGAUUUAUUAUUAUGACUAGCUUUACUUAUUUUAAUUCACCUUGUAUAACUGAAUUUUGUAGUAUGAGUGUGUGUGAUCUUCUUUUGGUUAAAUUGUAUAAAUGUAUGUUAAAUAUUAGAAAGUAGCUGAUAUGAUAAUAAAUCCUUAUGUAUUUUACCUUAUGUGUUCUUAGCAGCUUUAUAAAAAUAUGACCACUUAAUUUUAUGUCUGCCUAUUUAGAAAGUAGGUUAAAAAAGGUAAUAUUCCCCCCGUUUAAAAUGAGUGAAGGCAGAGAUCUAAAGUGACUUGCCUGGGGCUAUAUAACCGGAAAAUCUAUACUAGAACUUCUAUCUUGUUACUAUAAAUUUUCUUUUUAGACUGAAUCCAGAAAAAUUUUGAGUCUCUUAAUUUAUAGCACUAAAUAAAUGUAAAUUAUAUUGAAAAACAA